CGUCGGAUGUAUAGGCAAACAGACUGUUGCAGAAAAGAAAGGGACGAAACGCGUCUGGUGGCGGGAUGGCGUAGCCAAGAGAGUGGGCGGCUCAGUAGUCCAUCGUUGGCAGAGCUGGUGUCUGUGUCGCGUAGCCUCUGUGUCAUGACUCUUUCCAUAUAAGUGUUUGGCACCCGUUUUCCCGCCCUGAUUUGCAAACACAUACUGCCACACACACCUCCCAUAAUACUCCCUCCCCUCAUCCAGCAUCGGUCAACAACGCCAUAUUCCCUCGUUUAUGCAACGGUCGUCUUGUUGCAGAAUCAUGGCGGACCAACAACCGAUGCCCAUCGCCAUCGUGGGCAUGUCCUGCCGUCUGCCGGGGGAUGUGUCCACGCCCGGAGAGUUCUACCGUAUGCUCUGUCGCAAGAGAAGCGGCUGGUCCAAGGUUCCCAAGGACCGCUUCACCGCCGAGGCGUAUCAUCACCCAAACCCCGACAAGAAGGGCUGCUUCAACUCCCAGGGCGGCUACUUCAUCAAGGAUGACAUCUCUAUGUUUGAUGCUGGAUUUUUUGACAUCACAAAGAAGGAGGCCGAGUCUAUGGAUCCUGCACAACGACUGCUACUCGAAACAGCAUACGAAGCAUUCGAGAACGGUGGCUUUCCCAAAGAGCACAUCUCGGGAAAAAGGGUAGGCGUCUUUGUUGGAGCCAACUAUACCGAGCACCGAGUCGGUAAUCUUCGAGAUCUUGAUCAUAUACCAAACUUCGACGCUACAGGAAACCAGGGCGCCUUCUUGGCGGGCCGGCUAGCCUAUUACUUCAACCUUCGAGGCCCAGCGUUCACCGUCGACACGGCAUGCUCGUCGUCCUUACACGCCCUGCAUUUGGCGGUGCAGUCGAUCAGGGCAGGCGAGUCCGAAUCAGCCAUCGUUGGGGCCUCGCACCUCAUUACACAUCCCGAUAUCUGGGUGUCGAUGGCAAAACUCCGCCUUUUUUCCGACGUGGGCAAAACAUAUGCGUUCGAUGACCGAGCAAAGUCAGGAUAUGCUCGUGGUGAAGGUGCAGGUUGCCUUAUUCUCAAACCCUUGGCCCAAGCUCAAGCAGACAACGACCACAUCUUCAGCGUCAUCACACAUUCUGGCAUCAGCCACAACGGCCGGACAGUUGGUAUUGUUGCCCCGUCGCCAGAGGAGCAGGAACGCUUGCUCCGAGACGUGUUUGCCGAGGCCAAGAUUGAUCCCAAGGAUGUCGGCUUCUUCGAGGCUCAUGGCACUGGGACAAAGAAGGGGGACCCAAUCGAGGCGACCGCCAUCUACAGGGCAGUGGGAAGACACUUUACCGCUGACCAGCCCCUUUAUAUUGGCUCCGCAAAGCCCAACGUCGGCCAUUUAGAGGGUGUGUCUGGCAUCGUCUCAGUCAUCAAAUCGGUGCUGAUGCUGUACUAUGGCUUCAUCUUGCCCAACACCGAGUUUGAAACGCUCAAUCCGGCCAUCCCUCUUGACAAGUGGAACAUGCGAGUGGCCACGGACCAGAAGCCAUGGCCCAGUAAGAGAAAGUACGCAUGUGUCAACAACUUUGGCUUCUCCGGUUCCAACUCGAUGUGUGUGCUCAGCGCAGCACCCAUCACGCGCGAGAUCGAGCUGGGCAAGGACGCUGGCUACACACCUCAGCGGCUCUUCGUCCUGUCAGCCAACGACGAGACAGCCCUUCGCAACAGCAUGAAGGAGCUGGGAAUCUGGCUCGAACAGCACGCCGAGCUGUACCAGACGACAAUGCCACGUAAUUUGGCCUAUACGCUCUGCCAACGCCGGUCUCAUCUGCCAUGGCGUGUGGCCGUUGUUGCCGGCAUGUGCUCGGCCGUCGCCGGCUCGCUCAACUCUCAUGAGAUGGUGCCUGCCCGCGCCUCGAGUGAAACGCCCAAGCUGGCAUUUGUCUUCACAGGACAAGGUGCCCAGUGGCACGCCAUGGGCCGUGAGCUCAUCACAACCCAUCCCGUCUUCAAAGGCGCCAUCAUGCGGGCAGACAAGACGUUGCGGGAUAUUGGGGCCGACUUCUCCAUCCACGAGGAGUUGACUCGCGACAAGAAGAGCACCAAAGUCGGCAUGGCUCACAUCUCACAACCCAUUUGCUCGGCCGUACAGCUCGCCUUGAUUGACCUCCUGGAGUCAUUCGGGAUCCGUCCAACAGCGGUGACAGGUCACUCAUCAGGAGAGAUCGGUGCCGCGUACGCGGCCGGCGCGCUGGACUUUGAGUCGGCCAUGGCCGCUGCCUACUACAGAGGACAGGUCAUCAUCGAGCUCAAGGAGACCCACACCCAGCUCAAGGGCAGCAUGAUGGCCGUGGGUUCCGGUGCCGACGAGCUCGCCCCCAUGCUCAAGGCUCUCAACCAGGAGGGUGGCCCACAGGCCGUCGUUGCAUGCGAGAACUCUCCGUCCUCAACAACCUUGUCCGGUGAUGAGGAAGCUAUUGAUCGUGUGGGCAAGAUGUUCCAAGACAAGGGGGUCUUCAACCGCAAGCUGUUUGUCGACGUGGCCUAUCACUCUCCACACAUGAAGCUGAUUGCCGAGUCCUAUCUGGCCAAGAUUUCCCACAUCCAAGUGCCCGACAAUGUAUCAUCAUCCAACGUCGAGUUUUAUUCUUCGCUCCGUGGCCGCAGAAUUGACCUGCAUGAACUCGGCCCAGAGUACUGGGUUGACAACCUCACACAGGCCGUGCGCUUUUCCACAUCUCUUCAGCGCCUGUGCAGCGAGCACAAGCCCGACAUCCUUUUGGAGGUGGGACCUCACGCCGCUCUGAAAGGGCCCAUCAUGCAAAUCUUGAAAAAGGUUGGCGCUGCUGCCACCAAGAUCAGCUACAUCCCCACCCUCGUGCGCGAUCAAGAUGCCACCACGACCUGCCUCGAGGCAGCCGGCCAGCUGUUCGUCCGCGGCUAUCCCCUCGACUUCUUCAACAUCAAUCACAAGCGCCAGGAGAAUGAGCACCCAGACCUGGUGCCCAUGCUGUACACGUACCCAUGGUCGAAGCAAAAGUACUGGUAUGAGUCGCGCCUCAGCCGGCAACAUCGGAUCAAGCCAUUUGCCCGCAAUGACUUGAUUGGUAUCCUGGCUGACUGGUCAAGCGAGCUUGAGCCGACUUGGCGCAACGUCGUGCGUACCGAGGACUUGCCCUGGUUGAAGGAGUAUGAAGUUCAAGGUCGCCACGUAUAUCCGGCGUCAGCGUUUGUGUCCAUGGUGGUCGAGGCCGCGGCCCAACAAGCGAAUCUCACAGGGGCUGAUGUUGAAAAGUUUGAUCUGAGAAACCUGAAGAUCAAGGAGCAUCUCUUCGUCGAGGACGGCAAGGAGUUUGAGGUACUCCUCAACUUCCGAGCCUUGGACGGCGAGAAGGGCCACGAGUUCCGCAUCACUUCUUACGAGGACAGUCGUGGAUGGCUGGAGCAUUGCAGCGGCACUGUGGUGAUGGAUGCCGCUUCAAGGCGCCGUGCAGCUCCCAGAGAUGCGUCUGUGCCCGGCGCCAGGACCGAGGCCAUGAAGAAGCUCAUCUCGGAAGCCGACAGCUCCUCGGCCUGCUCAUCGGCUGGAUCCUCGCCUCCUUCAUCAGCUACUUCCGACGCCGGCCAUGGCAGCCACACCCCUGCAACGCCCACGCAGGACUGCAGUGAUCAGGUCUGCAAUACGUCUAGGAAGCUCAACGCGUUGGCGGGUGGUGGUGCCGAGAUCUAUGAGUCCCUGUCGGCGCUCGGCAUGGGGUUCCCCAAAUCUUUCAAGUCUGUUGUCGAUGUAAGCAUCAACAGGACCAAGAUCGUGGCCAACUGUUGCACCCGUGAUACCGCCGCGGAUAUGCCCAUGGACUUUGAGACGCCCUUCCAGAUUCAUCCCUCGGUCUUGGACGCUAUGCUGCAGGUGCCACUGCUCAACCUAAAGUCGACAGAGGACGGCAUACCCACAGCCCAUCUUCCCGUCGCCAUCCGUCAUGUCACUGUCCGCACGCCCUGGAAGAAGAGGGCCAACGACACGUUCUGCAUUCACUGCAACCUGGAGCCAAAGACGGCGACAUUCAUGGUGGAGGUCUUCAGUGGCGCCAGCUCGGGAGCUGCUGCUAUUUCCAUGUCAGGUCUCGUGAUGAAGGCGGUCAGGACUGGCCAGAAAGACACUAAAGCGCCCAGGGAGUUGUGUUUCCAGUAUAAAUGGCAGCCGUUUGCUCAAGCCAAGUGCAAGGGGCAUUCAAGCGACGAAAAGACGAAGAAAAGGUCUGACUCCGACAUCGUCAUCGUAACAGAAGAGGAGAAUGACCCCUUAGUUUCGGCACUGUGCCACGCCAUCGAGGCCAGUACCGGGCUGUCUCCCAGAGUUUCUUCCAUGGACAGCCUGUCCGACUUUGGCUCAAAGUUCCUGGUUCUCUCAGACCUGAAGGGCCCCGUGCUGCCCAAUCUCUUAGCCUCGCGUCUCGAGCAGAUCAAGUCACUUCUGACCAUCUCGCCUGGACUUAUCUGGAUCACCCGUGGCGCAACACGAUUCCCCACGAACCCCGAAGCCAACAUGGCGCUGGGUCUCAUUCGUACGGCGCGUUCGGAGAGGAGCGCCGUGGCUUCCAGCUUGGAUCUGGAUCCCAAGAGCAAGCUCUCCGCUGAUGAGCAAGCCAGCCUCAUCUUCGAAGCACUGAGGGAAUCUGUCCUGUCGGAAGAGGAGGGAGAGAAGGAAAUGGAGUUUGCGGAAGAGCAGGGCCAGCUCGUCGUUCCACGCAUCAAGGUCGACGAGAAGCUCAACCUGGACGUGCACCGCAGCCUCGGCCCUUCAGCCUCCUACCUCCAAAACUUCCACCAACCCGGCCGCCAAUUACGCCUGGCACCGCAUAGCUCCGAGUCCUUUGAUGAUAUGUACUUUGAGGAUUGCCCAGAGACAGCCUUGGGCGAGGACGAGAUCGAGAUUGCUGUGGUUGCCUCGGCGCUUAGCAAGGACGAUGCCGACAAAGCUGAGACUCACGAUGCCGAAUCCAAGAUUGUGCGCAGCUGCAGUGGCACCAUCACGCGCCUCGGAACGGGCGUGAGGAACUUUGCGCAAGGAACCAGGGUGUGCGCGCUGGCAUUGGGCCCUUUUGGCACACAUGCCCGAGCAAGAACAUCAAGCGCUGUCGCCAUCCCGGCUGGCCUCAGCAUGGAAAACGCGGCCAUCAUCCCUGCUGCUUACGCUGCUGCCCAUUAUGCCUUGGUAGAUCUCGCCAAGCUUCAUCCGAGCGAGAGAAUCCUGAUCCAGCUGGCAGGCCCGGCGGGUCUUGCUGCCGUCGAAGUGGCCCGCCAUUUGGGAGCGUCGGCCUACGUCUUGGUUCAAAACGAUGACGAGGCCGCGACAGCAAAGAGGGCAGGUGUCCCGAGGGAGCGUGUGUUGAAUGCUCACAGCAUUCAUCUCCGUCGGCAGCUGGAGGAGGCGACGAUGGGUGAAGGCAUGGACGUUGUCCUGACACUAUCCGGCAACGAGACCAAUGUUGCUUGGGAAUGCCUUACUGACUUUGGACGCUUUGUUGAGAUCCGAACGUCAGCCAUCCAUGCCAAUACGAGGCCAGGGCUUGGGGACAACGCUACCUUCACCUCGCUCAACAUGGCAAGCGUGGCAGCUGCCAGACCAAAGGCAAUGGAACGUACUCUCAAGGCGGUUGUCGACAACAUUGCCAGUGGUGUGAUCAAAGCGCCUUCGGAUGCCACCAUUCUUCCCGUCUCAGAACUCUCGAGGGGCAUGGAGAUGGUGCACAAUCGCGCGGCGCACCCCGUCGUCGUGGUUGCCGGACCCAAGGAACAGGUCAAGGCCAUGCACCAGAUAUCCAAGACCAUCUUCCGCAGGGACGGCACCCACGUCAUCGUAGGUGGUACUGGCGGUCUGGGCCGCUCCAUGGCCAAAUUCAUGAUCCAGCAUGGCGCUCGCAGCAUAGUGCUGCUAUCGCGCAGUGGGAUUGGCAAGGAGAUGGUUGAUCAGCUCCAGAAAGAGGCCAACUGCCCUGAUGCGCGUGUGUUGGUGAAGAAGUGCGACGCCAGUGACGAACAGCAAGUGAAACAGCUUGUGGCCGAGUGCUCCAAAACCCUCCCUCCCAUCUGCGGUGUCAUUCAUGCAGCAAUGGUCCUUCGUGAUGUGUUGCUGGAGGGCAUGACACACGAAGACUACACUCAGGUCAUCCGGCCAAAGGUAGCAGGAACCUGGAACAUCCACAAUGUGCUCCAGUCGCAGUCCAUUUCCCUCGACUACUUUGUCGUUCUCUCAUCAGCGUCUGGCAUUCUUGGAUCUCGUGGCCAGGGCGCUUACGCCGCGGCCAACACCUUUCUCGACGCGUUUGUGCAGCACAGACAACUCAACGGUCUGCCUGGCACCUCGCUCGAUCUGACAGCCGUCACGGGCGCAGGAUACCUUGCCGAGAAUGCGGAGCGCAGCGAGGACAUCAUCCGCAACUUUGGACAUGAGACGGUCUCAGAGGAGGAGGUCCUUGCCCUGCUUUCGGCUGCGGUCCGAGGAGAAUGCCCGGCGCAAUGCCUGACUGGUCUCAAGCUGCACCUCGGCGCUGAUGGCGGUUGGCCCUACUAUGCUUCGGAUCCGCGCUUCACUGAGCUCAAGGCCGAAUGUCUUGCGGCCGCCGAGCGUGAGGGCUUGAUGCCGAAGCAGACCAUUUCCCCAGGAAAUGUAUUCCGUGCAGCCAGCAGUGACGAAGAGGCGGCCAACAUCGCCGGCCAAGGUAUCCUACAGAAGCUGUCGGAAGUGCUGACGGUUGACAUUCAAGAUCUCGACGUGGCGAGGAACAUCACCAGCUACGGAUUGGACUCACUGACUGCCAUUGAAUUGCGAAACUGGAUCGCCAAGGAGUUCCGAGCCAACUUGCAGAUCUUGGAGUUGUUGAGCAGCGGGACCAUCAACGACCUUGCUGCGCUGACUGUUCAAAAGACGAGGACGGCGUGA